AGUCGUACAAAGCUGUAGUUAUUCGAAGAAGCAAUAUUGCUCCUCGGAUUGAUGAUCGGAGAUCUCUCUUACACUAUUUUAUUGAUAAUUUGAUAGCGCUGCAUAUCUUGAAAUCUGAAAUAAAUAACUCGGGGACAUAAUUUCGUGUUUGAUUCAAUCUGAAGAUAUCCGGAUACCGAAGUUAUUAGCAGUUCCAAGAUGGCCGUCGAACAAGCGCCUCCGGUCACGAUUCCCGUGAUCGACAUAUCCGGCUAUAUCGCGGGGGAUUCGUCUCGAACAGCUCAAAUCGCGGAGGAAUUGAACGCCGCAUGUCGCGCCCCCGGUUUCUUCCAGAUCGUCGGACAUGAUGUCCCCGCCGAUCUACGAACUCGCCUGUUCGAGAAAACCGCCGAGUUCUAUCGUCUUCCCGCGGCCAAGAAAUCCGCCUUGGGCCAGGGUUUCUCCGUGAACGGCGCGCGGGGAUACGAAGCCAUCGGGGCCGAAGUCAUGGAAGGCGAUUUUAAGGACCAAAAGGAGGGUUUCAUGAUGGGCCCCGAACUACUGCCCGGAAGGUUCCUGCAGGGGCCAAACCUGUGGCCCGAAGAAGCUGAUUGCCCCGGAUUUCGGUCGACCAUGGAAGAAUACUUCGCUGCUGCUCGGAGUCUUAGCGUAAAAUUGUUCCGGUUGCUGGCGUUGAGCUUGCAUCUUGAGGAACACUACUUUGAUGAUUUUGUCAACAGUCGAGACUCUAUUUCUAUGUAUCGCAUACAUAAAUACCCAAAGACCAAUGCCGAAAUGGCGAAGAAGUCCCGUGGAACGGGUGCUCAUACGGACUUUGGCGCCAUGACACUCCUGCUUCAAGAUGACAUUGGUGGUUUAGAGGUUUUCCACCGGCCCACAAACACGUGGAAUGCCGUGCCCUACGUCCAAGAUGCGUACGUUGUCAACAUCGGCGACAUGAUGGAGCAGUGGACGAACGGUCGAUAUAUGUCGACGGUCCAUCGCGUGAUCUCGCCGAUUUCGGAUAAGGACAGGUAUAGUGUGGUUUUCUUCAACGAGGGCCUACUAGACCAAGUCAUCGAGUGCAUCCCAACUUGUAUUGAACCCGGCGAGACCCCUCAGCAUCCGCCUGUGACGGUGGAAGCGCACUUGCGAAAACGAUACGGAGAUAGUUACGGAGGGGGCAAGGGUAACGACGCAAACUAGGAGUUCCUAAAACUUGAAAUAGUAUAAGGCUUUUUCAAUUACCCCUAAUCUAGGUUCGGUUCGGGGAUCUUCCGGUCGAGGAAGGUUGGAUGUGGGUCCGGACGGAGCCGGUUUGGGGGAUGCGGCUUCCUUGCGGAAAAUCUUUGAUAGUCAUGUAUGCCAGUCUGUUAAUUAGUAAGCUACCUUUUCAUAUGAUAUACUCCGUGUCUCAUGAUAGAUAUGACUCACAU